UCCGACCAAACAUGGGCAUGAGCACGAUGAAGCUUCGGAGGCUCUCCUCAAGAAAGCGGCCCAACCAAGGAAGAUAGCAAGGGAUUGCAGUCUGACCAGCACAGCUGGUGGGCCGCUGGCCGGGGGCGAUGAAGCUGAAUGAGCGGAGCGUGGCGCACUACGCCACCUGCGACUCGCCCGCGGACCAUGCCGGCUUCCUCCGCCAGCGCGUGGAGCGCCACCACCACCAUGCCCACCACAGCACCUCUUACCAGCGCCGCUGGUUCGUCCUCAAGGGGAACCUGCUCUUCUAUUUUGAGGAACGGGAAAGCCGGGAGCCCAUGGGCCUGGUGGUGCUGGAGGGCUGCACCGUGGAGCUGUGCGAGGCUGCAGAGGAGUUUGCCUUCGCCAUCCGCUUCGGCGGGGGUGCGAAGGCCUGUGUGCUGGUGGCCGAUGGGCAGGCUGCCAUGGAGGCCUGGGUGAAGGCGCUUUCAAGGGCCAGCUUUGACUACAUGCGGCUGGUGGUGAGGGAGCUGGAGAAGCAGCUGGAGGAGGCCUGCAAGAGCCUGGCUGCUUGCCGCAAGUCACCCAGGAGGUCCCACUCGGGCAGGAAGAGGCACCUCUCCAAUCCCGCCCUGGGGCCCGUCCAGGAGAAGCCUGCUGUUCUGGAGAACGGCUACUGCACGUGGGGCAGCAGGGAUGAGCCUGCCCGUGCCCGGCCUCCCGCUGGUUUGCAGGAGAGCCCGGUGUCCCCGGAGACGGCCUGCUUCUCGAAGCUCCACAACUGGUACGGGCAGGAGAUUGCGGUGCUGAGACGGGAAUGGCUGGAGAGGCAGCAGAGGGGCAAUCUGUGACGUGGGGCACGGGGACAGAGGGCACAAGCCGCCAUCCAGCUGGCUUCUA